AUGCCGGCAGCAAAGAUAGGCCUCUACGAGCUCGUGCUGAGGCAGCUGCAGGAUGACGGGUAGAUACGUAGGCAGGCGCCAGAUGCGACACAGAUCCGGGCAUUACUUGAUCUUCAUGUGUGGUGGCUUGUGUCUGUCUGUUUGGAGGUUCGCUGAUGUGGCGGCCGCGUUGAGCAGCCGGACCCACAUCUCUGCCAACAGCAGUGUGCCUGAUGACCACCUCUUCCAGCUCUACGAGGACAAACUCUUCGCACACGCAUACGGUAUGGUAUGCGAUUCCCACACACAAACCGCUCACCCUUCAGUCUUUCGCGCCUCGUUUCUUGGUCAGGUAAUGGCGCGUCGGCUGCCACUGACGAUGCGGGUGAGCGUCGGUGGGUGCCUGUGCCGACUAGGGCACAGCCGCUGCACACGCCCGGUGCACCUCUCCAGUCCACCGAUACCACCGUCGAGGCCGCCAUGGAAUGCAAGUGAGAGGAUGGCCGGACAUGGUGCAUGCGCAGGGGGAGAGAUCAUGCAACACACGCCUGCCUGCCUGCCGUGUGCAUCCAGGGAGUCGCUGCGUGUUCUGUCGAGCCGCGUCAAGACAGACUGCCUCCACCAUGCACACCAACAGACGGGCGAACGGGUAUAGACACGCAACGCAACCGCAGACACAGAAAGCUACACGGCCACCGUGUGUGUGUGUGGGUGUGGUCAGAGCGGCGUGUCAGUUGUUGUGAGUAACGACGGCCAGUUCGUGGCCAGCAGCGGCUCUGACUGCACCGUGCGCGUUAUGUUCCUGUCGAAGCUCAGGGCCACACGGGAAGCCAGCCCACGACACGAACGACACCACUCAGAGCGGUAAGUGGGGCGGAAGGGACCGGGCUUUGGUCAUUCGCGACCGCGCACACGCAUUUCUCUCGUGUAUGUAUCGAUCAGUGUCUUGACUCGCGUGUACGAGGACCACACCGAGCCGGCGACAUCGAUGGCAUUUCACCCACGAAAGUGAGCCAAUCCAAUCAGACAUCCCAUCCAUCAUUCAGCUGCCAUCCCAUCCACGCUGACGUUUUGUGUGCGGUUCAUUAUUCGUUAAUUAAUGCAUUCAUUCAGGCCCUACCUGUACACGGGCAGCAGUGACCGCACUGUCAAGAUCUUCGAAACCAACAAAAAUGCCCGGAAACAGAGAUCUUCAGGUGCACACGCAGCACUGUACACCUCUUGGGCUGCGUUGCGUUGCGCUGCCUGCAGGGUGUGGUGUCUGUUUGUCGGUGUUGAUGCAGGCGAGAUCCAGGAGGCGUAUCCCAUUCGCUGUAUGGCGAUGCAUCCAUGUGGAGACUUCCUGCUGGUCGGCACGGCUCAUCCAAUCAUCAGGUGUGUGAGGUGCUGAGCUGCUCGCUCGUCCACCUUUCCAUCCAUCCAUGCCCGUUGUUUGCAGGUUGUAUGACGUCAACACGCUCGGGUGCUUUAUUGCCUUUCGGCAAGACCAGCACCACAAGGCAAGACAAUGGCACAUACGACUGACUGCAUGGCAUGGCACCCCACCCGUUCUUGUAUGCGCAUAGGGUCUCAUGUGUGUGUGUGUGUGUGUGUCCAGAGCAGCAUCAACGACCUCCAGUGCACUUCUGACGGCAGUGUGUUCGCAUCGGCGUCGGCUGAUGGCGUCAUACAGGUGAGAAAUGGACAACAAACCGGCCGCAUGCAUCGAUGAGUUAUCAUCUUCCUGCAUCUUAUUCAAUCCAGAUAUGGGAUGCCGUGAGCAAUCGAAGCAUCAAUAGGCUCCCUAACGCGCACAGGUACCGUACGGCAGUAGGCGAGCACCAGGGUAAAGAAAGGCCCAUCAUCCGUCACGUGUCCCGUGCUAUGCUGGCUGGAUGGAUGGCUGGCUGCAGGAGUCUGGCGGUCGAGACGGUGCGGUGGUCCAGGAACCUCACAUACCUUCUGUCCGCGGGAAGGGUAGGCAAAUACCACCACCACAUAGACAGACAGACAGACAGAUGAACGAGGAGCGUGCACAUCUGUGUGUGUUCAGGACGGCCGCACCCGUUUGUGGGACAUGCGCAAGGGCGAGGAGGUGUUCGUCUUCGCCGGCGGGUCGCGCGAGAGCUACUGGCGCAAGUCGAUAUUCCUCUACGAUGAGAGAUACGUCGCAUCCAUCAGCACAGGUGGGUCGGUGGCUGGUUCGGUGGAUGUAAUGAAUGCACCUACCAACACAACCUUCUAUCUUUGUGAAUGCAUAUGUGUGUGUGUGUUUGUAGAUCCGUCAGUCCGUGACGUGCUGCUGUUCAAUGCCGGCACUGGCGAGGCGCUCGCACCCCUGCACGUCUACACGUCAGCCAACCAGUAAGCCGCGCAUACAUACCAUCCGAGCAGACUUCUCGGAAGGGAGACACCAUGCAUGCGGGACGGACCUCUGUGGCUGCAUUGCAUGUCUGGUGUGGGUACGUGCAGGCCUGCCCGAUGCGCGGAUGUGGCUGCCUCACCCACGCAGCUGGCUGUGUCGACUGUCGGAUCAGACGCAAGGUCAGUCAGUGAGUGAGUGAGGCUGCUAUUCAUGAGUUGUCGUGCGCUACAUCCAUGUGCCUUACGGGUGUGCUUGUGCAGGUGUCGGUAUCUGGAGCUGAGCUAUGCCCAAGAUGACCGCAGGACUGACUGA